AUGGCUACCGCGAGUACUCUAAAUGAAGAAUCAAACAUAAUUGAUAAGCCUAACGUUGAUGAUGGUCCAUUGAAAGAACAAGAAGAUACUAUUCAAGUUGCUGUAGAGCCUACAAGUAAUGGUACUACUGGUGUCCCAAAUCUAACAGAGGCCAACAACAAACGACCCAAACCUUCUGCUCUCUUAGAGUCUACGUUGGACAGCUUGGCUAUGUUUCCGACAAAGAUUAGUCCAUUCACGCAAAGAUUAAACAAAGGAUUUGUUCAAGUGAGACAGAUGGCCCAAGAAAGAUUAGGUACAGCAGGUGAUAUAACUGAGCUCCCUGAAGAAUAUAAGGAUUUAGAAAAGAGAGUUGACGCGCUCAAUCAUGUAUAUCAGAAUAUUCUCAAGGUUUCAAAAACAUACAGUGCACCUUAUUAUGAUUAUCCUGUUCAACUUCAAGAGUCGCUUCGUGGUUUGACGAAUACUGUAACUAAUCAAAUUCAACAAUUCAGAAUUAAGCAGCCUUCUGCUCCAACAAGCGCUGCUUCUGCUGUUUUAACACCAGUCGUAGAAGAGCAUCCAAAAACACUUUCUCAUGCUAUCGGACGCGUUGCUUUACAGUCAGCCAUUGAAAUUGGUGUCGAUGAUUGUGUAGGGGCCGCUUUAGAGAAAUUAGGCGCCGCUUCUGAAAAAUUAGGUGAUGCUCGUGUCCAUAUGGAUCAAGAAGUUGCGAACCGAUUAAAUACACCACUUCAGGGUAAAUUAAAGAGCUCUAUUGAUGGUGCAAAUAAAGCAAGACGCCAAGUGCAAUCGAAGCGGUUGGCCUUAGAUGCGGCUAAAGCCAACUACAGAGAUGCUCCUCAAAAUAAACUGGAUCUGGCAAGAUUAGAUGUUGAGCAAGCUGAAGAUCAAUUUGUGGGCGCUGUUGAGGAAGCCACACAAUUGAUGAAGGCUGCAUUAGAAGACUCGGAAUUUUUAAGUGAUUUGACAGAAUUUGCUCGUGCUCAAUUAAAUUAUUUCAAGCAUGCUCAAGAUUUGUUCUCUUCCUUAGUGCCAGAAUUAGAAGGAAUUAAACUAACUCAAGAAUCAAUGUAUCGUAAUAUCGAAGAUGAAGAGUAG